AUGCAGGCGUGCGGGGCCGGCGCGGCGGGACGCCGGGCCUUCGACAGCAUCUGCCCCAACAGGAUGCUGGGGGUGCCGGGCCGGCCCCUCGGCAAGCCCGGGAAGCUGGAGAGGAAGUUCGCCCCUCCGCGGAAGUUCUUUCCCGGAUACACUGGCUGCAGCCCAGUGUCGGUGUACGAGGAUCCCCCGGACGCGGAGCCCGCUGCGCUGCCAGCCCUCACCACCAUAGACCUGCAGGACCUCGCGGACUGCUCCUCGCUACUCGGGUCCGACGCGCCGCCUGGUGGUGACCCGGCCGCCUCGCAGAACCAUUCCCUCCAAACGGAAGCAGCCUUCGACCUGCAAGAUUUCAGAGACACGGUGGAUGAUCUCAUUGCAGACUCGUCCUCUUUGAUGUCACCUCCCCUUGCCAGCGGAGACUUCCCCUUCUCUCCUUGCGAUGUAUCACCAUUCGGGCCCUGCCUCUCCCCGCCGCUGGACCCACGAGCCCUGCAGUCACCGCCGCUACACCCUGCAGACGUGCCCCCGCCUGAGCAGUAUUGGAAGGAGGUGGCCGACCAGAACCAGAGGGCGUUGGGGGACGCGCUCGUUGAGAAUAACCAACUGCACGUAACGCUAACCCAGAAACAAGAGGAGAUCGCGUCUCUCAAGGAGCGGAACGUGCAGCUGAAGGAACUCGCCAGCCGGACCCGGCACCUGGCCUCGGUGCUGGAUAAGCUGAUGAUCUCACAGUCCCGGGACUGCGGGGCGGCGGCCGAGCCCUUCCUGCUCAAGGCGACGGCCAAAAGGAGCCUGGAGGAGCUAUUCAGUGCUGCAGGGCAGGACUGCCAGGAAGUGGAUGCCAUCCUGAGGGAGAUUUCCGAGCGCUGCGACGAAGCCCUGCAGAACCGCGAUCCCAAGCGGCCCCGACUGCAGGCAGAGCCGGCGAACAGGGACAGCAGGCCCGGGAAUCUGCACGGCGCCUUCCGGGGGCUGCGCACCGACUGCAGCCCGAGCGCGUUGAACCUGAGCCACAGCGAGCUGGAGGAGGGCGGCUCCUUCAGCACCCCCAUCCGCAGCCACAGCACCAUCCGCACCCUCGCCUUCCCUCAGGGCAACGCCUUCACCAUCCGCACAGCCAACGGGGGUUACAAAUUCCGCUGGGUCCCCAGUUAAGCUGAGAUGUGGUCCCCCAAAACACUGCCCUGAAUUUCAAUUAAAAUGCCUGGAGGCUGAGCGGGAACAGCUGGAACUUUCUCUAAUCUGGUUUCCCAGAAGAACGCUCCCUGCAGUGAGAAUGCCACCCUGAAACUUACUUUUUCAGGAACAAAGAAGUAUUGAUCACUGGUGCACUGUGAAGUUCUGCUACAAAACAUUGUAUUAGACCUUCCCCUU